CGCUGACAGCUCUGUACAUCCUUAGCUUGCUAGCUGAAUCCUCGGACGCAGGUAAAAAGGUUCUGGAUAGAUUACAACAGCUUAAAGUUGGCUAAUAUAAAUGGUAGCUAAAUAAACAGGUUAUUUGCGAAACACAUCCAUGAUUGCAUGGAGAAGUCUGCUGUAAUGUCUCCCUGUCGACUCGCCUAGUUAUGGGUCAGGAAGCUGGCAAGUCUGCCUGGCCCAAACCAGCUGGUGGCUAUCAGACCAUCACAGGAAGGAGGUACGGCAGGAGGCACGCCUACGUCACUUUCCGGCCAACCUCCAAAUGCAGAGUCUCGUCUACUGAGGACAGACAGGAAAUGGAGAUGAACAGUGUCGAAGGCGAACGCUCCAUAACCACAAAAGGGAACAUCUCCUCGAUGCUGCAUGCCAUCUUCCCCGUCAACACUGUCCACCCGGAGCUACCUUCAAAGUCCAGCAAGGAGGCAGCCCCCACUAGGAAGCAGUCCUCCGGUCGGGGCGGCAUGGAGGUGUCCUCUGGCAUCCACCGCAAGAAGCUCAGGAGCGACCACGCGGUGGCCCCGGAGCCAAUGCCCAGAGAGCGGGGCGCAGAGGCCAGCGCUUGGCCGUUAAUGGGGGACGCGGACGAGAAGGUGGACGAAAGAAACACAGUUUCUCCCAACCCAAGUACCCUCAGCUUCGUCAACAUCGACUCCUACGAGCCGGACAGCAGCGACGCCGAGGAGGAUGAUGGCGACGAGGAUCGUGAGCUGGACGACUCGGGCGCCGACUCUGACCCGUCAGCCGGCCUGCAGAGGCGUCUGGACAGCAUGAUUAAUGACCUGGGCAAGGACUUUGAUUACCUGAACGGGCUGCACUCGUACCUGCGCAACAGACUGGGUGCCAGUGGUGGCGGAGAGGCCGACGUCGCCCCGUCCUCUUCGCAGGACGCAUGCGGUGGCAGCAGGGACUCUGCGAAAGUUGCCCCGGAGGAGCUGUUGACCCCAGCUCACGGAAGGACUCGCCGCGACUCGAACUGUGAAACUGUUUGCGCGUCCUCCGCGGACGCUGACAUGGACAGAUGCGGGGCGGGAACGCUGGACGCGAGUGGUUUAGAGGUCAUGGGCUCAUUUAAGGACGUUGAGAACGCAAUGGACGCUCAGGGGUCAUCUGCCGCCACUGGUGCUGCUGCAGCUACCUCCGCAGAGAUGGUGGUCCGGCCCAAAAUCCGCAAACAGACCAGCGAGACGCACCUGGAGAAAAAGAGACCUUCGUCCACCACCUCUUCCUCCGCCCAGGCCGAGGAGGUGCUGCCGUUUUGUGGCAGUGGAGGCGCCGCGGGGAGAAGCACUGGGAAGGUGAAAUGCGGCUCGGCGCCGCCGUUCUUCCUCACGCAGACGGAGAGGCCGGGCGCGGCGUUCCUCUUCGACCUCCCGAAGCCGGAGCGCUGCCGUGGCGGGAACAGUGUCGCACCGACGUCGUCGAGGAGCCAGGAGAAUGGCGCGUCGAGGAAAAGCCAAACGUCAAGGGCAGAUGAUGAUGAGGAGGAGGACGACUUCUGGGAAGACCUGGAAGAGUUCAGUGAGAAAUGCACUUCGGCCCGCAAGGGAGACGACAGUUCGGAGUGCAGUGAGGGCGAGUGGUCGGCAUCGUGGGCGUCGGACUCAGGCGUGGAGCCGGAGAGGCGCUCGAGCGAGGAGAGCUGGGAGACGCUACCCUGGUUGGACGAGCUGCCGACCGGGGAGCAGGAGCCCGGGGCCCAGACUUCCACACAGGCCCCCACCACUGACCAGGACCAGGCUCCGCUGGAGGAGGGCGAGAUACCGUGGCUGUUGGACAAUGAGGAGACGGGCAGCAGCAGCGACGAGGAGCCAGACGGCCUCAGCCACUUUGUGCACCCUGGACUCUUUAUCCUGGAUGGCAACAACAACCUAGAGGACGACUCCAGCGUCAGCGAGGACCUGGACACAGAGUGGAGGUUGUUGAAUGACUUUGGCGAGGGCUUUGGCAUGGCCCAGGCCAUGUCCUAUGUGGACCCCCAGCUGCUCACUUACAUGGCGUUGGAAGAGAGGCUGGCCCAAGCCAUGGAGGCGGCGCUGGCCCACCUGGAGUCUUUGGCUAUUGAGGUGGAGCAGGCCCACCCGCCUGCCACCGAACAAAUCAUCGAGUGCCUGCCGCAGAUCACCGUUGAGGACGACCACAGUGGCCAGGAGCAGUGCUGUGCCAUCUGCUGCUGCGAAAGUCACGCCAACACCCAGAUGCGAACCCAGCUGCUCUGUGUCACCCCUGGCCACAUGUUCCACAAGUGUGUGUGUGUCACCCUGUGUGUGUGGCUGUGGAAGUCAGGGACCUGUCCAGUGUGCCGUCACGUGCUGACCCCUGCCCAGGCAGAGCACCCUGUCCACACGUCCUUCACAUCCGAGCAGGACGGCCCCCCGUCCAACCACAGCGCGGGCGGAACGCGAUGAACCCCGGGAAAGGAAAGGAAAGGAAAAGAAAAGCAAACAAACAAACAAACAAACGAUGCACUUGCUCUAGCACACACUGAAAACGCUUCUUUGUGAAUGUUGGGAGAAUUUUCAUCACGUUAUCAACAAUGCCCCAGAGGGCAGUUAUGGCUCCUGAGUCAACUGAUCAGUUAUGAUCACUUUCC